GUUCAACAGGCAGUAGCACAAGCAGCUCAACAAUUGCAGCAGCUGCAGAAGCAGCAACAACAGCAGCAACAAGUGCAAAGUCACAACAGCCCUGCACAGCCAUCCAAUCAUCAUCACCACCACCACCAUCAUCACUCACUGUCCCAACAUCAUAAUGCUGUCAAUCAGCAACAUCAGCAACAGCAUGCACAACAUCAGCAGCAUCAACACCACCAUCCACAUCACCCACACCAUCAUAUCAAGGCUCCACCUCCUCCUCAGCCUGUUCUUGGGGGUGUAGAAGAUGAAGCUGCACCAGAUUUAGAAGAACUGGAAGCUUUUGCCAAGACAUUCAAACAACGACGAAUAAAACUUGGAUUCACACAGGGUGAUGUGGGCUUGGCAAUGGGCAAAUUAUAUGGUAAUGACUUCUCACAGACAACCAUAUCAAGAUUUGAGGCCCUGAAUUUAUCAUUCAAAAAUAUGUGCAAACUGAAGCCAUUGCUUCAAAAGUGGCUAGAGGAUGCAGACAGUGCUCUUGCUAAUCCUGGAGCACUAACUAACCCGCUGACAACACCUGAGGCUAUUGGACGUCGUCGCAAGAAGCGAACUUCUAUUGAAACAAGCGUACGAGUUGCCUUGGAAAAAGCAUUUGUCCACAAUCCAAAGCCCACCUCUGAAGAGAUUGCUCUUCUAGCUGAAAGUCUCUCAAUGGAGAAGGAAGUGGUUCGAGUUUGGUUUUGUAACAGGCGCCAGAAGGAGAAACGCAUCAACCCACCGAGCGCCGCCAUGGGCAGCCCAGCAGCUGUUACAUCUAGCCCAUCCAUGUUUGCAUCAUUGGCUAUGGGUGCUGCUGCUGGUGCUCCACUUUCUCUUGUUACCUCGACCACAUCCAGUUUUGUUGGUGGUGGUUCAUCUGGCACAGCAGCUGUUGUGAAGUCGGAAUGACGACCGUUCUAACCGGCAGCAGCCGGUGAGACCGGCCGUCGACCGUCACCCUUGCCUCUUUGGUGGCAAUGGGGCUGAACUGAACUCUAGCUGGGAACAGCAAAAUUAUAUCAGUGCCUGAGCUGGCACACCUUUAUGAUUCUGAUGUAGAAACUGCUGAAUGAAGGCAAACGACUUUCCCACAGUUUCACAAUUUUGACAUCUGUAUACUGAUCUGCAAAAGGACAGUAGCUACACUCUUGGACAAAGUGGUGAGCAUGGAAAUGUAGAAUACUGCUGAUCAGUCUUACACAUGUGAAAUCUGAAAGACAUGAAACAUAUUAAAUGUUGCACUUGCUACAGAAUCUUGUGGUCUGUAACUUUUAAAACCUAUGGAUGGAAAUUAGUAGUGGUGUUAUAUUUUUGAGACACUUAAGUUUGACUUUCUAAGUGUGAUUGCUUUUCAGUUAUUAUUAUUAUUUCUCAAGGAUUUGUAUAAUAUCCUGAAAGUUAAAAAUUAUGUCAAUUUUAAAUACAAACUGUUUAAUGUCACUUUCUACGUAGCUUUAUGUCAUAAGUGUGCUGUGUUAAGCACUACAUGAUCUGAUAGAGUACGUGUGCGUUGUAAGUGCCAGACAGCAUUGGAAAUUUCUUUUGCAAAGAUACUUCUUAAGGAAUGUGAUGUGACAUCAGUCUUUACCCUUGUGCAAUUACUGUAGAAAGGUUUUUGUAACCACAAAUGACCGGUGAUUUACCAAAUGGAAAACGCCAUCACUGCCAGGAGUGUCUCCUGAAUCAAGAGAAGGCAGCUGCACCAACUGGGGUUAUUUAGCUCUAUGAUUACUCCUGACUUGAGGGCAUCUGUAUUAUCCUAUGGGAAAUCGGCAAGAAGUUGAAAAAACACCAUUAUUUUUCAUAAACUUUGUUUUAAAUGGAAGACACAAAUAUUCUUGCACCGCUGUAAGAAUAAGGAACGCAUAUAUAUAGGUGAUGUCUACCAUUGGAAAGUAAGGGUAAUAGAAUUGGGUUCUUGCCAAGUAUUGGAGUGUUGUAAAGUUUUCUUAUGUAUAUCAUAAAGUGAGUUGUGUGUUUUUAUUAGAAUUUUUCCCAAAGAUAAGCCAAGCCUCCAUUACGAUCUCAAUGAAGAAAGAUUACAAGUUAUGGGUGAAAUCAUGAGGUAGAAUUUAUUGCAUAAAUUUAUCUGUAAAGAGAAGGAACUUGAUGAAAGUUCUACAUUUUACUUUCAGUAGGAGUUGAAUUACAAAGUCUUCCAGAGAAUGUUCCUGAAACCCCUUUAGAAAUGCAUAUUAUUUCUUUUUACUCUACAGAUACAAUAAAUGUAUACUUUAUUCUGGCCAAAAUUGGUUUUCCUCUUGAAAAUUAUGAUAUUAUGAUAAUAUUGCUUAUAGUAUAUAGAUCAAUGUACAUUGUGAAUAUACUUGCAUUAAGUAUCAUAAUCAAGAGGUUAAAAAUAUUAGUGUGUGUGAAGCGAUAAACAUCAAAGGGCAUGUCUUCUGAGAUAUGUUUCAUAGCGUUUGAACUAGCUUCCCUCGUACAUGAUCACUAAAGCAAACUAUUCAGGUUAGGCAACAAAUAUCAGCCUUAGAAGAGUACAACUAGACAUAGUUUUUAAUUGUCGUUAUUGCUUUAAAAUCUUAUAACUCUACAUAUAAUUAGCACUUCUUGUCUAUCUGUUGUAUAUUUAUUAUAUUGUGGAUUCAUUCUGUGUUAUAGAUACAAGUUUUUUGUCACAUUUGUUUUCAUUAAACUCAUUUCAUGUUUAGCAUUGGGUGUUUCUAAUAUUAAUAUGUCUCACUUGUACUCUUCUGAAGAUGAUUAUGUUAAGAUGGUGCAUGUUCUGUACCCAUGUGUGAAUUCAUUUAGCCCAAGUAAUGUGCUCUGCACAAAAUAAGCACAAUUAUGAGAGCUGCUGAACAAUGAGGACGGCAAUGACUUUUAUUUGUAACGUGAUCUUGAUGUUCUUGCUUAGCCUGUCAGCGUGUGCCAGUUUAAAGCAGGGUUCCUCAUAUACAACAGUUCAGGCACAUGAUGACAGGCUGACCUACUGUUUAUUAAUAAAAGUAGUAGCAUGUGAUAUGUGUGCAUAAUAGAAAUGUCUUGAGCCUGAUUUUCUUUAUAUAUUAUUAUAUUGAUGGGAUGUAUUACUAUAUUAUUAUUAUUAUAUUAUUAUUAUUAGAAUUUUUAUGAAAGUGAUGAGGACCAACU